CUCGGAGACUGACGCAUGCAAAACUCCCACCUCUGAACUUCCAAACAGGAUCCUCGAUCUGAAUGGUUUUAGUAGAUGACGGGCAUGACGGGUACUUCCGGCCAGAAGACCCACCGAGCCCAGCUGGUGCUGCGGCUAAAUCGAAUCCACACACCCCGGACUUUCGCUCUCUCUCAUUUGUUGUUGACUAGACAAUCUGAAGAGAUCGGCGACAAUGAACAGUAGCAAGGUGAAGGAUCAGGCGACCGGGGAUGCCCCUGGCCAGAACGAGGAGGAAGCACGGCAGUCGGCCGGCAUUGAGCUGUUGAAGGAUAUGUUAUCCCCACAAAGCAAGGCUGAUCCGAAAGAGGGUAUCACCAUUGGAAACAACGGUGAUAUCGAUCAAGAAUGCUCAGUGAUGGCAAUAGUCCCACUUCCAGAGCCAUUGCCGUUAGCAACGAGCCCUGGAAUGCAAACCACACCCUCCUUACCAGGAGCCUAUUCCGUAACUAGUGCGUUCUAUAUUAUGGCGGAAACAGACCUUGAAGCUUCACCCCGUCCGACCAAUUGCGAGACUGAUAGUACAACUGGACCCUCUCCCAUAGAUCUGGACUGCAUGACCACCACCAACAAUGCGCCAACGGAAGAAGAAUUGGCGGAGGCCACACUGAUAGAACAAGGUAUGCAAGUUGCCACUCCAGUUGAAGACAAACAGAAAACGAAAGCAAGCCCUGCCAAAGCCUAUGGAGUCAUCUUCAUGGUGGGUCUUGUAGUGAUCCUUGCGGUUUCGUUUGGAGUAGUUUGUGCUAGUCGUAGCACCAACCCCGUGGCAAGCCACUACCGAGCCUGGAACAUCCGGAAACAGUUGGAAGAGUCCAUGGGUGAUGGCGACUACUACUUUGAGACCAGUGAACACAACGAGUUUCAAGAUGUAGCAUUGCACAAUCGGGCUCUGGAUUGGCUCGUAGUCGACGAUCCACUUCAGUUGGAUGCCGAUGCAAGCAAUCUAUUGCAACGAUAUUUACUGGCUCUGUUCUAUUACCAGACAUCCCAAAAUGGGCCUUGGUUAAACUGUGCGCCACCAAUAAAGGGAUCCCAAGAAAGAACAAUGUGCUAUUUCUCGCGAUCCGGAUUUCCAGGGGAAUCCGAGGCGCCUGCCAUGAGAUGGUUAUCAGGGACUUCGGAAUGCCAAUGGGCAGGUGUUGUGUGUGUCGAUGGAGUGGUGGAGGGACUAGAGUUCAGCAAGAACAAUAUAAACGGUCACAUCCCCACCGAGUUGGCCAUGCUCUCACAGAUGAAGACAUUGGUUCUUUCGCACAAUGCACUAUCGGGUCCUAUUCCCAACAGCACCUUUCUUCCUGCUGCACUUGAAAGAAUCUAUAUCGAUCACAAUGGUCUCACAGGGACAAUUCCAGGUAGUCUCUUUCACAAGCUCCAGAAACUUACACAGCUGCGAUUGAGAUCCAACAGGUUGUCUGGAUCCCUUCCUACUGAGGUAGGCAUGUACCCUGGCACGCUUCUGCUGCUCAGUUAUAAUCAGCUACAUGGGACCCUCCCCACUGAACUAUUUGACUUGGGACGAUUGGAAGCGUUGGUGUUGGAUCAUAACAAGAUUUCUGGGACAAUCCCCACCUUGAUUGGUAACCUUGUCAACAUGAAAGGAUUGUACCUUGAUAGUAUGCAGCUAUCUGGAACCCUUCCCUCCGAAGUUGGCCGAAUGAAAUCUCUGACGAUUUUGGAAUUGUCACAGAACCAACAGCUACAAGGCACUAUCCCCGAAACACUCUUUGUCGGGGUUCCUCAUCUUUCCGUAUUGAUGCUGGAUGGAUGUAGUUUCACAGGGACAAUCAGCAAACAAAUUGGUCCCCAUCUUGAGGUUCUGAGCCUUGCAAACAACAACUUUCAUGGUCACAUCCCAACAGAGCUUUCUUCUGUAGCAAGUGACCUUUCUGUGCUUCGAGUGAACGGAAACAACCUGACAGGGACCUUUCCAAACGAGAUAUGCGUCAAAAUGACAAAAUUUUCUGCAACCGUGGUGGCAGACUGCACCCCCGAUCAUGCUGAGAAUAACGGAGUACCAGCCAUGGCCUGCCAGUGCUGCACAGAAUGCUGCAACAGGAAGACUAGAAUAUGCCUGAAGCAGUAGAUCUAAUGCGCCUCUGCUUUGCCUAAGCCUGUCCCCUCGCCGGCUUCUGUAGAUAACUUCUCUAUACUCUGAACCCCUUCGUAUGCAACCAGCUACAUGUAGCUCUCACGGAAAUAUCUUCUAGCUAACUAGCUGCCUACCUGUUGGCCUGAACCUUGCAUU